AAAACAAAACAAAAAACGAAGGGCAUGCAUUACACGUUGGGCUUUCCCACUAGCAGCAGCAGCAUCGCCCAACUCGGGAACGACCUCCAAGCGGUGUUGGGCGCGCUUUCGAGCUACGAACAGUUCCCAGUCAACAGCCGGCAACUGGGUCUGCAGGUACCCGGGUCGCUGCGGCUUUCGGAGUCGCUUUGGCACCCAGUUGGAGGUUACUCAACAGCAACCAGCAGCAUCACCGCAGCCGAGAGGCACAGAAGGCAAUUUUCUCAGCUCACGACAGCGCACCGGCCACUUUGCUGCAUGGCUGUGCUGGUGGCCCCCCUUCACCUCCACCUCCCUCUUCUCCUUCUCCCGCUGCUGCUGUUGCCGGUUGGGGGCUCCCUGAGCAGGCUGGAGCAUAUCAGUCGUGGCUGCAAGAAAUGGAGUCACAGCACAUCGCGAUCGCACGAGGUUUGCUGUGACGAAUGUCACCCGGGCAACCGGCUGGUGUGGAACUGCGGCGCCAUCCCUGAUACUCUUUGCACUCCGUGUGAGAACGGAACCUACACACAGAAGCCCAAAGACUACAAGUGCUCCAGGUGCACUCAGUGCGAAGGGGCCCAAGUUCUGGUGAAGAAAUGUACAGCCGCGACCGACACACAGUGCGGAUGUAAGGAAGGCCUGAUGUGCGGCGAUGAGCGCUGCUCCUUCUGUCGCAAAAAGUGCGGCAAAGGCGAGGAGCCCACUGAGAAACGUUCUUGCAGAACAUGUCCCAAUGGGACCUUCAAUGACCAAAUGCAUCAGAAGUGUAAACCCUGGAGUAUCAAGUGCGCCAAGCCACACGAAAUGAUUGCGGCUAGGGCCGAUGCCUUCACCGACAUAAAGUGCAUCAAUGUUUCACGCAGCACUCUGAAACGAGCCGAAUCCAACGGCAGCGACUUUGUGUGGCCGCUGGUCUGGUCUGUGUUGCCCAGCGUGUGCCUGUUGGCCUUGAGCAUCGCUCUUAUCGUUGCCGUGUUCUGCCGCAUGAGAAGAAAGAAGGAAAAAGUCCAAAUCACCAUACCUCCGCUGGAAAGCGCAGGUAUGGUGCUGAACUGCAUGAAAGUCGACAGUAAAUAGAGAGACGUGAUUCUGUGCCUUCUGAGCUUGAAUUUGAAGUCCAAUGGGGAGUUUGCAAGAUUUGGAUGUAGCCUCACUUCAAUUCAUCACACUCAAAAUUAUCUGUGAAUUUUCGGUAUUCGGACUUCCUAAACUCUGCAAAUUAGUGGGGUUCCACUAUAUAGUUUUCAGUUGUAUGACCACCAUUCGCCUCUAGAUGGCAGACGUGCUUAGUUGUGCUUAUUUUUUACUGUGACUUUUUUUUGUGUGGAUUUGGAAUGACAUGCAGGCCAAACACAGUGCCCAAAUAACAUCAUUUUAAGUGAGUUGAUUGUUAUCAAAUCCUUUGUGCUUGAAGGUAGGAUUUUGUUUUAGAUGUACUGAGAAAUGUAUGAUGACAAAUAUUAAGGAAACUAUGAUGCACAUUCGAUCCAACCGUGCACAGUUCAUUAGAAACCCCCCUCAUUUUUU